CACAAUCAUUUCUUUUCUUUUCUUUUAUUACUUAAGUAAUCCUUUCUUUUAUUUUCUCUCUUAGGUUCCCAAAUAGUGUUAGAUCUAACAUAAGUGGGAAAUGGUCCUAUGUUUGCUUGAUGGGUAAUUGUCUUUGCCUCUCUGUUUUUCAGUUUGGUUUGUGCUGAUACAUGUGUGGUUUGUCAUGAAUUUCUGCUGCCAGUUACACCUUCUGCUCACCAACUGUUUGAUGCAAUGCCUAAAUGAAAAAUUCGCAGCAGACCAAUUGCAACAUGCUGAAAUGCCUUUGAUCUGGAUAAUAGGUGAUCGGUUCCCUUGGUAGGUGAAGAGUGCAAUUUUGUCAACUUUGACCAUCAUGAUACAGAAGGGUGGUAUGGCCCUGAAACCUUUUCUUCCACAGCUUCAAACAACAUUUAUCAAGUGUUUGCAGGAUAAUACAAGGUCUGUUCGCUCAAGUGCUGCCCUUGCACUUGGGAAGCUUAGUGCACUCAGUACUAGGGUUGACCCUUUAGUCGGUGAUCUUAUCACGAGUUUGCAGGUAUCGGAUGGUGGGGUCCGCGAGGCCAUUUUGACUGCUUUAAAGGGUGUACUCAAGCAUGCUGGUAAAAGUGUGAGCAGUACCGUUAGAACUCGUGUCUACACUCUUCUCAAGGACUUAAUAUAUCAUGAUGAUGACCAAAUUCGAGCUUCUGCUUCAAGUAUAUUGGGCAUCAUUUUACAGUACAUGGAAGAUGGUCAAAUCUCUGAGCAACUUGAGGAACUCUUAAGUUUAGUCUCUUCUAGCUGGUUUGCUAUGCAAGGUUCAGCACUUGCAACCUCUUCCAUGCUCAGGCAUAAUUCCUUCAAUAAGUUGUGCACCUCCAAUGUUCUCAACUAUUGAAAUCUCCCUUA